GGUCCUGCUACUGUUCGCAUGGUGUCCAGUAAUAAUACUCCUCCAGUGCCAAUGCCCGUUCAAGUGCCCCCAGGGCACAUGGUACAGCAAAUUGUAGAUGAACAUGGAACAUUACGCCACAUAAUUCUUUCUCCUCAGCCUCCUGUUGCCGUUUCUGUUGGAAAUCCAUAUAAUGGAUCUGGUAAUGGAAAUGUAACUUCUCCACUGAGUGGAUCUGCCCCUUUCUAUUUAUAUCCUCAUCCUCCAUAUUCUGUUCCUGCUCAGUUUCCACCACAUAUGCAGCCUGGAUUAGCUGCACAAGGGUUGCAUAGCUCUGUAGAACCUGUGCAAUUACAUCAAACAAAUGGCCAUUCUACCAAUGCAGCAGGGUUAUCUGAUUCAUCUGCACAUUUAAAUGCAUUUAAAGAUGAACGGACACAGAGGCAGUUUUUCAAGCUAAAAAAAAGGUUAGAAGCUCGGCAAAAGGAUGUUGUUAUUCUUCCACAGGCAGCUAGUAAUGAUACUACUGUUAAAAUUCAUGAUGAAUCUCAUCAACCAAAUGAAAUAUCCCAAAGCCAAACUGCCAAAAAAGAGUUAAAGUUAUUGGAGACAUUAUCUGCUGUUAAACCCCCAAAUGUCUCCAAUAUAACUGCUACAAGUGCCUUGUUAAAAUGGACAAAACUUGACUUAAAUACUGAAAAUGAUGGUGAUCUCCAGGAUCCUACUUUUGAGCCAAAAUACAUUUUGCUGUUGUGUGAUAAAAGUAAAGAUAAUAAAUCAAAAGUAAUAUAUAGUGGAAAAGAAACUGAGUGUGAUUUAAAUGAUUUGAAGCCAGCUACUACUUAUUUAGCAUGGUAAGUAUAUCUUAUUUCUUGUAGUAAGAUCC